CCCCCCCUCGUCUCCGCCCACUUCUCAUCCUCCAACUCAUCACCUCUCAGCCAUUGUUCCUUGUCGUCAUGGCUGCUACUCGCUCCCUGAUGCGGCUGGGCACCGGUCGUGCCUUGUCCUCCGCCACCCGGUCGUCCGCCCGUGCUUUCUCCUCGACUGUCUUGAAGGCCUCGUCGACCCCGGUCACCGAUCAUGUCCCCAACAUGCGCCACGCCCAGCGCUCUCCUGAGGGAGCUCUGCGCGCCCCCGUCGUCAACCCGGCCGACAAGCACCAGGACAAGGCGGAGGGCCUGCACAAGUACGGGCAGUACAUCAUGUCGUGCCUGCCGAAGCACGUGCAGCAGUUCUCGGUGUGGAAGGACGAGCUGUGCAUCUACGUGCCGCCCUCCGGCCUGAUCCCGACGAUGACCUUCCUGAAAUACCACACGGCGGCCGAGUACACCCAGAUCUCGGACAUCACGGGCGUCGACUUCCCGACCCGCGACCAGCGCUUCGAGGUCGUCUACAACAUGCUCAGUGUGCGCUACAACUCGCGCAUCCGCGUCAAGACCUAUGCCGACGAGGCCAGCCCCGUGCCCAGCGUGACGGGCCUGUUCGAGGGCGCCCUCUGGUACGAGCGCGAGGUGUACGACAUGUUCGGCGUCUUCUUCACCGGCCACCCGGAUCUCCGCCGCAUCAUGACCGACUACGGCUUCGACGGCCACCCGCUGCGCAAGGACUUCCCCUUGACCGGAUACACGGAGCUGCGCUGGGACGAGGAGAAGAAGCGGAUCGUCAUCGAGCCGCUCGAGUUGACACAGGCCUUCCGGAACUUCGAGGGUGGCACCACCGCCUGGGAGCCUGUUGGUCCGGGUACCAACCGGACUCCUGAGUCGCCGCAAUCCCGCAUCCCCAAAAAAACUUCCUUAAUCUUGAACCAAACACCAACAUACAACCUUUACUCUUUCUUGAAAACGAUAUUCACAACCAAAAAAAAAAUGCCCAAACGCAAACUCUCCGACCUAACGGACAAUAAUGUCUCCACCGAUAAAUCCGACGCCCGCUCCCUGCACAUCCAGACUGUCCGGCUCAAGCAGAAAUUCUCCCAGGGCGUCGAGUCGCUGGCCAAGGCGCUGAAGCUGGCGCGCGGGUUCGAGCGCCAGAAGUGGAAGCGGCGGGAGAAGAAGGUCAAGGAGGAGGGGAAGGAGGGCGCGGUGGAGAGGAUGGCUGAGGAGGCGGGGAUUCUGAGGGACCUGGACCCCGUUAAAACAGCGCAGAAAUACCUCUACAAACAACUCGUCAAAACGAAACGGAUCGCCGAGUCGCCGACUUUCAAGGAGUUCCAGGAACACAUGGGCAGCAAGUUGUCGGCGGAGGGACCGAAGAGUAAUUUCGAGGCCAACGUAACGGCCCGCUUGUACAAGUCGACGCCGGUCAAGAAUGUGUUCCCGGGGAUUAUGGACGGGAUCCGGUCGUUGUUGAAGAUCGAUGAGGCGAAGCCUGCGCCGGCGAAGGCGACGGCUGAGAAGAAGAAGACAAAGAAGGAUGAGAAGCCGAGGGAAACGAUUGCUGCGGACGAGGUUUCGGAUAGCGAGGUAGAGGAGGGCCGGUCACGAGCGCAGCGCGCGAAUGGGGAGGGCGACGGAGAUGUCAGUAUGGACGAUUCGGAGAGCGUUGACUACGCAAUGUACGAUGGGUUACUCGCGUCGGGCUCUGAAGAUGAAGACGCGGACGACGCGGGCGAGACCCGGCGGCAGAUGCUUGGCGACGGUGACGAUCACGAUGAGGACGAUGAGGAGGACGAGGACGAGGACGACAUUGAUACUCGCAUGUUACAGCGAAGACCCCCCUCUGAUAUGUCAAUCUCGCGCUCUCCCUCCCCGGAGGUAGACGAGGAAGAAGAAUCCGAUUCGCCCCCCUCAAAGAAGGCCAAACCAGCCCAAAAAGGCACCGCAAAGCCCGCGACCAGCACUACCUUCUUGCCCUCCCUCAUGAUGGGCGGAUACUGGUCGGGGUCCGAGUCUGAAGCCGAGGAUGUCGACAAAGAAGCCGCUGAACCACCCCGACGCAAGAACCGGAUGGGUCAACAGGCGCGUCGGGCGCUGUGGGAGAAGAAAUAUGGUGCGGGAGCAAACCAUGUCAAGCAGCAACAACAGAAAGGCCGGAAAGGGAGAGAUGGUGGUUGGGAUCCGCGAAAGGGAGCGACAGACGGCAAUUCUACUCCCAUUGGCAGAGGGAGGUUCGGUCAUGGUGCAGGUUCCGCGUCCGGCCGGCCGCAGCACGAUGGUGGUCGGCCUCAGCGAGCACCCCCCAAGAAGCCACAGGAUGAUAAGCCCUUGCAUCCAUCCUGGGAGGCAGCAAAGAAGGCCAAGGAACAGAAGGCUACGGCUUCGUUCGCGGGUAAGAAGGUUGUGUUCGAUUAGAUAUCCCAGUCUUAGCAUGU